CAUUUUUAUGUCCUAUAAAUAAGAUAUGCAUUUCGGCAUUACUAAGCAUCACUAUUAGCCCAACAUCCAUCGUAUCCAACAAAGUUCAGUUUUAUUUUGUGGAUCAUCCAUGGCUAUGGAAAAUGUUAGACGUAGGGGUAUCGGAGGGAGAGCACCCUCGCGCGACCAUAUUUUUGAAGAAUUUGUACCUUAUUCAGGGUGGACAGAGGAUGUAAAUGGUCGUUAUCUUCUCAUCGAUCUGCCUGGUUUCAAAAGGGAAGAGGUUAAGCUUAGUAUUGAUGGAUCAGGCAAUAUGACGGCCACUGGACAAAGGCAAGUAAAUGAGGACAAAAUGGUUUAUUUUGACCAAUCAUUUAAAUUGCCAGAAAAUUCAGAUGUUGAUAAGAUAUCCGGAAGAUUUGAAGGUGAGAUUCUUUAUGUAACUGUCCCAAAGCAAGCAGUAGAAGAAAAGAGAGAACAUGAGACUGUGAAAGAAAAUGUCAGUGAUAAAGCAAAACAAAUAGAACAUGAAAAGCCUAUCAAUGAUGAAAGUUUGAAUAGAGAUGACCACCACCACCACCACCACCACCGCGACAAGCCUGGUAGUAUCCAUGGCCACGAUAGUGAGAUGGAGAAAAGAAGCAACACUGGUAAUAUUCAUGGCCACGAUAGUGAGACAGAGAAAAGGAGCAGCAGAAAUGCCCCCAUGUGUUUCUCCAAAGAGACAAUAGAGGGAUGGGAGAAUGAAUCUGGUCUUUUGGGAAGUGCUGUGAAGUUGCUUAAAAGGAACAAGGGGAUUGUUAUGGCAGCUGUAUUAGCGUUUUCACUAGGGGUAUUGGUAACACGUAAGUUGGAAUCACCUGGAUAUUGAGGAAGCUCUCGACCCUGCACUGUAUGCAGUGUCUGCCCUCAUAUCAUUAUUAUGUUGUCUGCACUGCAGAUUUGUAAUUACAGUAGCCUAAAUCUACCUAUGUACAGAAUAAAAAUGCUUUGCAAAUAUCCAAAUAAAUGAGAACCAUACAAUUUCUCCUUUC